CGUGUUGUGGCGGAAGGAGGAGCUUGCUUGGAGCAGCUGGUGCCGAGAGAAGCGGGACCGGCAAAGAUGAUUCAGGCGAUUCUGGUUUUCAACAACCAUGGGAAGCCGCGGCUGGUCCGCUUCUACCAGCGUUUUCCAGAAGAAAUUCAGCAGCAGAUUGUUCGAGAGACGUUCCAUCUGGUCCUCAAGCGGGAUGACAACAUCUGUAACUUCUUAGAAGGUGGAAGUCUGAUCGGUGGUGCUGACUACAAACUGAUUUACCGGCACUAUGCCACCCUCUACUUCGUAUUUUGUGUGGAUUCCUCAGAGAGUGAACUUGGGAUCUUGGACCUUAUCCAGGUUUUUGUGGAGACUCUGGAUAAGUGUUUUGAAAAUGUAUGUGAGUUGGAUUUGAUCUUUCAUAUGGAUAAGGUCCACUACAUCCUUCAGGAGGUGGUGAUGGGUGGGAUGGUUUUGGAAACAAAUAUGAAUGAAAUUGUGGCUCAAAUUGAAGCUCAAAACAGACUGGAAAAGUCGGAGGGUGGCCUUUCAGCAGCCCCCGCAAGGGCCGUGUCUGCUGUGAAGAACAUCAACCUUCCUGAGAUCCCGAGGAACAUCAACAUUGGCGAUCUCAACAUCAAAGUUCCCAACCUGUCCCAGUUUGUGUGAAGGUGGAGGACUGGGCUGGACUGGGGUCCUUUCGAUGAGCAAAGCAGUCACAGCCAGAACCAGAACCCCGCUGAGCCUUUAGAGACUUGGGACACUAAGCCUUUCACAGAGUGGGAAGGGAGUUGGUGCACACUGCCUGGCCAUCUUGCUGCUGAUACACAUGGCCGUGGUAGACAUCAGUGCACUAAGCCACUGCUCCUUUGCCUCCCACACAAGCCCUCAGGGUUGGGGACUGCAGAACAAGCCACCUGUUUCCCAGGGCCUGACUUCCUCCCUUACACCUAGGACUUCUGAGAUCCUGUAUCAGUCACUGGGCAAGAGACCAGGGAGAAGGAAGGACCAGCCUUUCAGAUGUCAGGUGUGGUGAGUGGCAGGUGGAGCAGGGUGCGCUGGCUCCACUAGGGCCUCUGCUCCUAGUGUCCCUCUGUGUAGCCAAGCCUUUGGUCAGCAGUUGCUGCAGAGUGCACCUUCCCCAAGGGCACAGGCCUAGUUUUGUUGUCACAGGCCUCUGUGUGCUGGGCACAACUUAAAUCACACUUUGGGUGCAUGUCACUACCCCUGCCAAUAGGGAGGGCACCCCUACACACACACACACAGCCCUCUCUCAGAUGAGAGACUGCUGUGUCUGUAGAAUAUGAAGGUUGGAUCCUCCCAGAGUUAUGACUCGUCCCAAGUUUGAAAUACGCUGUCUUCCUGGAAGCAGAAGGUUCAGUGACUGUGUUGUGAAUGAUGAACCAUUUCCCCUUGCUCAGAAGCCCGCUGUCCAGUCUCAGCUUCUAGAGCUGAGAGCCUGAACUGGGUGCUAGCAGUGUGGGCUGAGCCUGCAGCAUGCUAGCCACACUGCUGUGUAUUUCCACUCUGCGCCCUGCAGUGAGCACACUGGACUCCUCUGGGCAACAUUCUCCUGCACCUCUGGAAACCUGUGAAUGUUAACCUGU